GUGAAUAGGGAGCUUCUGCGGACGAUAUGUGGAGCAAUCGUGUAAGAGGAGUCAGUCCGACCUUGUCUGGCUCACAGUCCUGCGCCUGGUUGUGCGUAAACGCUGCUAAAAUAGUUCGCGGUGUUUGAAGCCCCUUCCGGCGCGAACAACUUUGGCCCUCAUUCAUGUUUUUAUUCGCAACACAUCAGCGUCUGGUGCACAGGAAUAGAUCAGCACCACUCCAACCUCUUCCGCAUAUUGGAUUUCAAUGCAAAGAGAAGGUCGCCAACGUCUCUCCUAAGGAUUCGGGAAAUGAAGAUUGCUUCUGACACGUACUCACUAUGUUUUUACUUUUCAAACGUUUUUUUCUGCGCAGUUUUGAUUAAGUGAUUUCCUUCAACUCGCGAAGCAUUUUCUCCCUGUGUGGGGAUUACUCGUUGCAUUGCUUCUUUUUUAACACAACCUAUAGUUCUGGGUGAGCUUGUGCUGUGCAUUGUACAGUGCAAAUAUUCGAUUACAAUGUAUUUAUUUUAGGACAACCUCUGCCCGUAGAAAGUGCCAAAUUAAGACGGAAUGGCGAACGAGUGUAAUCGCAACAUUGUGGAGAAGUAUAUCUGCCAUAAACUCUCAAAACGGGGCUUCGCGUUUGGCUUCGAUGAUGUCCGGGAUGAAGAGGCUGAUAAUAAUGGGUCGAUAGUUGUCCCUGCACCGACUUUGGUCCGCCGGUGCCGUGAAGCCAGCACCGGGCCUGACAGCGAGAGCCCCCCCCAGCUGUGCAGACGGAUCCCCCAGCCCGACCCGGCCGUCGAGAUCCACAGAGUCCUGCGGGAGGCUGGAGACGAACUUGAGAGACUGUACCAGCCGGACUUCACGGAGAUGUCUCGGCAGCUCUAUCUCACCUCCACCACGGCGCAGAGGAGAUUCUCCGAGGUGAUAGACGAACUGUUCCGGGACGGGGUGAACUGGGGCCGGAUUAUCGCUUUCUUCGAGUUCGGGGGCACGGUGUGUGUGGAGUGCGCCUCCAAGCAGGAGAUGACGUCGCAGGUGGACAACAUCGCGGAGUGGAUGACAGAGUAUUUAAACGGACCUCUGAGCAGCUGGAUACAAGAUAACGGGGGAUGGGAAGCCUUUGUGGAGCUGUAUGACAGACAGAGGGAGUCCCUCUUCAGCUGCUCCUGGCCCUCCAUAAAGACGGUGUUCGGCCUGGCAGCGAUCGGGGCCGCCAGCCUCACCAUCGGAGCGUACCUUACACAGAAGUGAACCCUGUUUCUGCCAGAUUUUGACUUUAUUCCUCCUGCUCCUCCUUCUCCUCGUGCCUCUUCUUUUGACUUUGUAUAGAUGCCUCUGACCCCUCAGAGACAACCAUCAGACUCUUCCGAAUCUGGCUCUCUUCAAAGGCCUCUCUCUGAAAACUCCCUCUUCCUCGCCCCUCCAUGUCAAAACAGACUCAAAUCAAAACAACUGAAGGAACCAGAUGCACGGCCAAUACAGAGGAAAGGAGGUAUUUAAAAGAGGCCGCUUAGAUGAUAUCGCACUAAGCUGAAUAAAGCUGAGGAGAAAGGAGGUGGCAUCAGUGGCAUGCAUCUUUGACUUUUUGUUCUGCCUGCUUCUGUACUAGUUAUAGCAUGAAUGUUGAGUGUUAGUGUAGACGUUGCAUGUGUCAGAGCUCAUGCGGGACCUCUAUUUGGAGGCCUUGAUGAAGAUGGGGGUGUCGGGACAAUGAUGCCCCACACCAGAGAGUACAGGGGCGAAACCCUGCCCCUGCUUGUUAGGGUGAAGAACCCCGUUUGAACUGUGGACUCCAGUUACCGCACUCCAGUUGCAGCCGUCCUUCAAAGGACUUCCUCCGCAGAACAGCUGCUCAGAAUGUAUAAUGGAAACGGCUUGCAUCUACUGCUUUCUCUCCUCAGACAGCUCCAGUGAACUCUGAACACACUGCACCAUUAUACUCUCCCUGGCCUUUCAUAUGUAGAGGACAGGCCAGUGGGAGACUGAGCUCUGCUGAAUGAUUUGCAGAGAUUGAAAGCGCUUCGAUUUUUGUGCUGUUUUGAAUUUUGUAAGCACGCCAAACCCCCAAAACGGUGUGGAAAAGAGGAAAAUGGAGUGAAAAACAUGCCGAAGAAGCCUGUCGUUGCAUAAAAUUCAUAUGGUAAUGAAUAUACUGGAAAAAAUGUUGAGCACAGCAAAAAACAGUAAGGUAAAUCAGAUUCUAGGGUGGGAGUAGGCAACACAAACGGACAAGAUUUGAAAUGUGCAUUCCUUAAGCAAGGCGAUGCGAAUCCUCUGCUAAAAUGACUCCAUCACUGUUAACAGAUUUACACCCAGCAUCUUUUAAACACUGAGUUAUUUUAUAUUUUCUACCAGUUUCUUACUGUUAACUCUGCCCAUUUGUGGUCAGAUAGUUUGAGCUCGCCCAGGUUUUUUCAAAGCUGACCCUGUGGACACGUGUCCCCCAGCUGCUGAGGCCCAGCACACACUCGGUACUGCUACAAUCCACUGACAACGAUGCUUGUUGACGUGGACUGAGAGAACUUCGUCUGGCCGCAGAUGACUGAGUGGAAUACCACGGCAGCAGGGUUUCAGUUUGGGACUGAAGCCAGUGUCCCGAGUGCUGGAACCUGAGCUGUCCCUUCUCCCCGCUCUGCAAAAUGCAUUCAGUCAUUGAUUGGUUUUUAUCGAUGUUUGUCUUGUGUUACAGUCUGAUAUAAAAUGUGGAAACGCUCACAGGCUCCAAAAUAUUGUAUUGUACAUAGCAAGUUGGUUUUGGAAGUGUUUUUAUUUUCUCCGUCAUAAAAAAAAGUCCUCUAUGCAUGGAUGAAAGAUACUGUCUUCACACAAUAAAUAUGUGCAACCAUAUCUAUAGCAGCAUAGGGUAGAAGAUAAUAAACAACAGCAAAGGAGUUGCAUUUUUCUAUUUAUUGAGAGGUACCCGAUCACAGAUUUUCUAACAGUACUUUGAUGAAAAAAAUUAAUUGUUUUCACUUUUUUCUAUUCUAUGGAAUCACACUGUAACUACAUUUUUUCCUGGCUGCUAUAAUAACGAGAAAGAUGUUUUUCUUUUCAUUUUUAAGUGAAUUUCAAUGUUGUAUUAAUAUCGGCUUAAGGCUGCUAUACUGUCAAUUUAACUUCUACUUACAGCUUAAACUGCCACAGAUUUACAGUAUAGUUCUAGAGAGCUGAAAACCAAAGUUAACGUGUAUUAAUCUGUAAUUUAAAAAAAGUAGCUUAUGGAGGAUACACUUCACUGUUCAGUGAGGUGUUAUGAUCUCUCUGUGGAGGGUUUGUCUAGUGUUACUGUACUAUAUCAGCUUAACCCUUGUCAGCUUUGUGCUCAGAUGAUAACUCAGUGCUUAUCUGUAAAAUGUUGACCUGCCAGACUUAAACCAUGUCUCGGAUGUCACUAUAAACAACCCCAUCGUCAUUACAGCAGCUCACAGUGUGUGAUAUUCCCAGUGAUGUGUGUGUGUAACAGAGAAGAAGGUGAUUUAUGAGCAGGAGUAGUAACAGCAAUAUACUGUCAUUUUUAUAUUCUCUGUACAUAUAUGAAUGUAGGCGCAAUGGUUGCUGUACUGUUUUAUGUCUAUAAUCACAAACCUGUAGCACUUAAAAAAAAGUGAAUUGUGUUUCUGUUGUUUACUGCUAUAUCCACGAUAAGCUAGCGGGAUCAUAUUGUUCCUAAUAAACCAGAUUUCUCAAGCAGCUGCAGUCCAA